AUGUCGUCUAUGCGAAAUGCCGUACAGAGGCGCUCCCACAGGGAGCGUGCUCAACCUUUGGAGCGCCAAAGAUUUGGUCUCCUCGAAAAACACAAGGAUUACUCCCUCCGUGCCAAGGACUACAACAAGAAGAAGGAGACAAUCAAGCACCUGCGCCAAAAAGCCUCUGAACGCAACGAAGAUGAGUUCUACUUUGGCAUGCUCAGCCGCUCCGGCCCAGGCUCGCGCCUCAAGGACGGCAAGAAAUGGUCUGGCACCAUCGCGGGUGACCGCGGCAACAAGGCCAUGGAUGUGGACACGGUGCGUCUGCUCAAGACGCAGGAUGUCGGCUACAUCCGCACCAUGCGCAACGUAAUCUCCAAGGAGGUGAAGCGCCUGGAGGAGCAGAUCGUGCUCAUUGGCGGCAUCAACGCAACCACCACGAACGACGAUAGCGACGACGACGAGACGAGUUCCGCAAAACCUGGAAAGAUUGUUUUUGCCGAAAGCACCGAGGAGAGGGAACAGGCUAUCGAUAAGGAGGCAAUGGAGCUGGACGACGCUGACGAGGACGAGUUCGAGGGAUUCGACGAUGAAGACAACGCCGAGGAGGAGGCGCAACGCAAAAAAGAGAAGAAGCUGCAAUUAUUACGUUUGCAGCUCCAAAACGCGAAGAAGAAACUCAAGAUCUUGGCGAAGACAGAGGAUCACCUCGAAAUACAGCGGGCGAAGAUGGCCAAGACGGCGACCUCGGGCGGUGUGACGAAGAAGGGCAAGAAGAUUAUGGUUCGGACGCGGAAGAGGUGA